AUGCCACUCCUCACUUCCAGAGCACGACAUGUCCUCCAACCCUUGAGACCUCUCACCCUUUCAGUAGGAUUCAGCUUCAUCGUACCCCUGAGAUUCUUCGGCACUUCCACCCCGGGUAAAAAUGAUAUACAGUGUACGAGACGAUUAGUCAGACAACCUUCUCCAGCAGCUAGCAGGGAGAGUCCAUAUCCCGUCGUGUUUUUGAGGAUGAAGGGUGCGGAGGUACAAGGUGUGGAGGAAGAGGGAGAAUGGAUCGAAUGGUCAUCCAUGUUCUCAGAGAAAGGAUACACCUCGAUCGAAAUUGAUAUCACCAUCCCACCUUCACCUUCCUCUGAACUCGAUACUGAGGAAACAUCCAUAUCCCCUUUGAUAUCUUCGUUAUCAACUGAAAUACGGUUACUCGCUAUCCCCUUCCCGCCUAUCCUGGUCGCUAGAGGAGUAUCGACCCUGCUAGCUCAAGCAUAUAUAGAAGAUCAUCCUUCGUCUGGACUGGUACUUAUCGAUCCUAUGCCAGAUGAAGAUCCCCAACCACGUCAAAAUUCAAAGUUGAGAUGGCCAAUGUUCAAAUACGAACCGCAUUUCCCCAUAUUGGUCAUGUCCAACCAAGCUUCACUCAGAGAGUUGAGCGUGUCUAAUAGACUGGUAAGAGAGCAUGGGGUGUUACCGAAAGAUGAAAAGAUAGGAUGGUUUGGGAGGAGCGGGAAAGGCGUGGAGAUUGAGGUUAUGGAUGGGGUGGAUGAGAGUAGUAGGAUACAGGUGGAGAGGUGGAUGGAUCGGCAGGGGUAUUGA